CAGUGAUAGUUUUUGUUUACUUUGCAUCUAUCCUGUCAGUCCUCUAAAUAUACCAAACCCACUGUUUAUAAACAAAGUUCCACUAAAAAACUCAGAAAUUACUUAAAAUGCGUUUCAUAAUCAAACAUGCAAGCUGUGGUGGUGAACGUGUAGGUAAUCUUACUGGAUUUGCUAAGAUGAAAACGGCAGUAAUUGAAACACCUACUGCAGCUCUCCUCACACAGGGUGGCAGCGUUGUUCAUCUGACAGUAGAUGUUUUGUCUAAAGUUUUUACAAGUCCACAUCUACUCUGGGUACCACUAUCCAAUUCUGCACGACUUGAAAUUGGUGUAAAGGCUCAAGGUGAAGGGAUAGCUAAAUUUGCAGGACUUCAGGGUCAUGUUACUUGUGCCACAUUGCAUAAUGCCAGUGAAAUGACACCACCUGGACAUUUUGAAGCUAAUUUUGUUCCUAUGUGGACUAAAAAUGGAAAAAAAAUGAUAACCGCUGAUAGGUAUAUGGAUAUAAUGGAAAUCUACACACCUGAUAUACUGUUAGCUAUUGCAGAUAGUCAUAUUACUCUAAAUGAAGGACAAAAACGAAUAAGUAAAUCUGUAGAAAGGUCACGUGUUUUAUUGGAUACUUGUGUGAAUAGAUAUGUAAAUUCCAAACGGUUACAAGAUUGUGCUCUUAUUGGUGUUAUAACUGGUACAGGGAUAAAUGAAAAAUGUGAUCAUUGUAUAAAACAUUUACUUACUCAUAAGGAGCAUUUGAAUGGUGUGGCAUUAUCUGGCAUGACAGAUGGCUCAGAAGAAUCAUUGAAAAUUGAAAAAGACAAAUUGGAGACAAUUUUUAAAAGUAUCAGUGAAUCCAUUCCAAGUGAACUUGUAAAGUUCAUAGAGGGCUGUUGGACUCCUGAUAUUAUUAUGACAGCUAUACAAUAUGGAUGGGAUGUUUUUGAUGGAUCCUAUCCUUCUAAACUUACGAAUGCUGGACAGGCGUUAGCUCUUAACUUUGAUGUUGAUAAAAACUGUGAUGAACUGUGUUUAUUGGACCUUAAUGAUGUUCGUUACAAAGAAGAUUUCAGGCCUAUACUGGAAGGAUGUGAGUGUCACACUUGUAAAAAACACACCAGAGCAUAUAUUCAACACCUUUUAAAUACAAGGGAAAUGCUAUCAACAGUAUUACUUAGUAUACAUAAUCUUCAUCACUUCGAUCAAAUGUUCGUGCACGCUCGACGUCACAUAGCAUCCAGUACCUUCGACGUUUAUAAACUACAUAUAGUCAAACAAUAUGAACGAUAUAAACAACAAGUACCGAUUGAAAGUGAUAGUGAAAAAGACAAAGAUACAGUGCAAACAGCAAAGAAAAUUUGUGUGAGUAAUGACGUUCUGGAAAAUGUUAGUAUUUUUAAGUAAUAAUGUUAAAAUGUAAAUGGA